AGAGUUACAUCACGAAACUGAUUUAUAACAGGACAAGUCGAUUUCAUUGUUUACUUCAAUAGAACUGAUUGUUUGAUUCAUUGAUCCUUACAACAAUGUAUAGGACAUCGAUCAAAUGUCUAAAUCAGCUUAUCGAUUAGCUGCUUUGACCUAAAUACUCUAAAUACAAUUGUUUUUGGUUGCAAUCUAUUGAUUGACUGAAUGACAGGAGGAAUUGUACAGGAAGUCCCUGGGCAUGAAAUUGAGCGAUACAAGGGCGUUAACUCGAUACACAUGUAUCAUUGGUAUUUUUCAAUCUAAGCACUGGAAAGAAGCAGAUAGUUCAGCUUUCAAGGGAGAGAAUAACAUUCUAUUACGCCAUGGGAGACAAAGAGGCAGGCAAAGGGAGACUACCAUCCAAGUUCUUCAAGAAAAAAAACAGUGCUAUGAAAGAAAUUCAAGCCUGGGUUAACAGUAACUGUGAAUACGCGCAAAUCCCGGAAGUGACGAGAAACUGCGGUCAGCUAGCAGACAAUGUGACAGAGGAGCGCAUGCUCAAAGCGAAACUUAUGGAACUCUCUAAAGAAAGAUACAAAUUUUUGGUGCAAAAAGCCUACGAAAAGAAGCUGUUUUCUGACCGCCAAAUGAAGAAGCCAGAACUCAGACACAUUAUACUGCAAGCAGAGACAGUCUCUAGAUCACGGGCACUAACUAGUAUCCGAAGUAAGUCUCAAUACACAAUGAGUACUACCAAAUCCAGUCAGUUGCCAAGAAGCUAUACUAGUGUGAGUUGGUACAAAGCUUCUGAGAAUGUGGACGCACCUACUCUUGAUGUCGCGCACUCUAAUACACCUCUGCCAAACUCUGACCAGAAAACUACAGUUAAUAAUACAUCCAAUAGAGAAAAAGAGAAUUCCAAGCUAACAUCAGAUAGAGACUCUGUUUGGGUUACGCCCAUGAUACUACAACCUGUAUUUGCCACAAAAAAAUUAAUUAUUGGUCAGUCCAAAAAGACUGUCAGCACUGACCAGGACGCUUCUCUACAAAAACGUCCAGACAGAGCAACUUCUGGCUUAACUUCAUCUUCUAUUGAAAAUGCUGAGUGGCACAAAGAUUUGCUCAUGGAUAACAACUUUAGAAGAACAACUGGUCAUUCAACAUUCAUCAACGGUCACUCUGCAUGGAACAAUGACCAGUCGAAAUGGACCAAUGGUCAGUCCUCAGGAAUCAGUCGGAACGUAAAACCUUCAUGGUAUCGUCAAGUCCAAGAAAAAUCAAAGUAUGGUGAGCGAGUAUCCAGCGUGACAUGUGAUCCAAGAUACGUUUCUUUAGAGCAGGUCCUUAGUCCAGUUGUGAACAAAGAAAACCUCCAACUGAAUGAGAUUGUUGCUCAAAUCGAAUCUCUUCACGUACGACCCAAAAAGAAAGUUAGUGACUCCAAGAAAACGAAAAUAGAAAUCAAAGCCUUGGAGUACAUGAGGUCCAAGGGUUAUGUGUGUUCUAACUACUAGCAAGUCUACAGCUAGUACGACUAGAAACAUUUCCAAUGUCUGUGUGGGUGCUCAAUUCAAAACAAUGGCACCAGACUUUAUAGCGAAACUAACAGAGAAGCUCUAAAUGUACAAGAUUGUUGCCUUUAGUUUUGUCCUGAUUGAAGAGAGUACUCAACUCUAGAGAGAUGUUACUUUCUGAAGUCUAGAGAGAUGUUACUUUCUGAAGUCUAGAGAGAUGUUACUUUCUGAAGUCUAGAGAGAUGUUAGUUUCUGAAGUCUAGAGAGAUGUUACUUUCUGAAGUCUAGAGAGAUGUUACUUUCUGAAGUCUAGAGAGAUGUUACUUUCUGAAGUCUAGAGAGAUGUUAGUUUCUGAAGUAUAGAGAGAUGUUACUUUCUGAAGUCUGGCAGACUGAAACUUAGGGCCUGCUGUGCAGCAUGUUCACUUAAUGUUUGAAUGUACUACAAGACACACGAUCACUUAAUGUUUGAAUGUACUACAAGACACACGAUCACUUAAUGUUUAAAUGUACUACAAGACACAUGAUCACUUAAUGUUUGAAUGUACUACAAGACACACGAUCACUUAAUGUUUAAAUGUACUACAAGACACACGAUCACUUAAUGUUUGAAUGUACUACAAGACACACGAUCACUUAAUGUUUAAAUGUACUACAAGACACACGAUCACUUAAUGUUCGAAUGUACUACAAGACACACGAUCACUUAAUGUUUGAAUGUACUACAAGACACACGAUCACUUAAUGUUUGAAUGUACUACAAGACACAUGAUCACUUAAUGUUUGAAUGUACUACAAGACACACGAUCACUUAAUGUUUGAAUGUACUACAAGACACAUGAUCACUUAAUGUUUGAAUGUACUACAAGACACACGAUCACUUAAUGUUUAAAUGUACUAAAAGACACAUGAUCACUUAAUGUUUGAAUGUACUACAAGACACACGAUCACUUAAUGUUUGAAUGUACUACAAGACACACGAUCACUUAAUGUUUGAAUGUACUACAAGACACAUGAUCACUUAAUGUUUGAAUGUACUACAAGACACACAAUCACUUAAUGUUUAAAUGUACUACAAGACACAUGAUCACUUAAUGCUUGAAUGUACUACAAGACACACGAUCACUUAAUGUUUGAAUGUACUACAAGACACAUGAUCACUUAAUGUUUGAAUGUACUACAAGACACACGAUCACUUAAUGUUUAAAUGUACUACAAGACACAUGAUCACUUAAUGUUUGAAUGUACUACAAGACACACGAUCACUUAAUGUUUGAAUGUACUACAAGACACACGAUCACUUAAUGUUUGAAUGUACUACAAGACACAUGAUCACUUAAUGUUUAAAUGUACUACAAGACACACGAUCACUUAAUGUUUGAAUGUACUACAAGACACACGAUCACUUAAUGUUUAAAUGUACUACAAGACACAUGAUCACUUAAUGUUUGAAUGUACUACAAGACACAUGAUCACUUAAUGUUUGAAUGUACUACAAGACACACGAUCACUUAAUGUUUGAAUGUACUACAAGACACACGAUCACUUAAUGUUUGAAUGUACUACAAGACACAUGAUCACUUAAUGUUUAAAUGUACUACAAGACACACGAUCACUUAAUGUUUGAAUGUACUACAAGACACAUGAUCACUUAAUGUUUGAAUGUACUACAAGACACACGAUCACUUAAUGUUUGAAUGUACUACAAGACACAUGAUCACUUAAUGUUUAAAUGUACUACAAGACACAUGAUCACUAGCUGUACUACUAGAUAUCAAAGAACACUCUGGACGAUGUCAAUUUGUGGAAACAAUUAUCCUACGUAUCUUGAUUGAUGUCUUGACUGAUAAAAUGGACUGAUGUUGUGACUAAUGUCUUCACUAUUCUAUUUAGCUGGGAUAUUACUAACAAUGUGAAUAAUGUUCAGCCAUAUAAAGAUCUAAAAUAAUUAAGACCUAAAAAAGAUGGAUUGUUUAUCUAUGCAAUAGAAUUGUAGAAUACUGUAUUCUCACAUUUGUAUUCACCUCUUCUCAGUACUCCGCGAUGGGUGGUUUUGUUUUUGUUAUAUUUGUGUGUGCUCUCCAUGGAAACGUCUAGGCUAGUUGUUGUCUUGCUUCCUGAGUUCUAUAUUGGAAACACGUCAAGUUAUUUCAUUAGUAAAUUGUUUUUCAAAUAUCAACGCUAAUUAAAUCUAAUACAGAUUUUUGACAACAAUUCAGAAGUUCCCAAGAAAGUAAAAUAUCCCUUUUUGUUUUAUUUGUUUGUUUUCCUUAGGGGGAAAUAGAUUACUGUAAACAUCUCUUUAUAAACAAAACAAAAGAACCUUAAAGACAAUACCUCCUUACUGCAACUUAUAGAGCGAUUGUUUUGCUCUUAACAACUAAUGAAUGUUAGAUAAAAUAAAAAGAAACAACUACAAUGGAACAUUUUUAAUCUUGCUACCCUCCUAUCAUACAAAUAUUUUUAAAAUAAAAAGACAAUAUCUCCUUUACACAUCUUAUAGAGCGAUUAUUUUGGUAAAAAUAACUAAUGAAUUUUAGAUUUUUGAAAAAGUGGAACAUUCCCCCCCCCCCUCGCGUUCCCCACCCCUCGAGAAAACAAAAUCCUGGUUAAAUGAAGGUAUAUAUCUACAAGUAUGUAUACUAUUCCAACGCUAGGCUAGUUUACCUGUAGAAUGAGAAGAGACGGUUUACACAAUGUUCAUGAACGUCUAUUCAUUUAGGACAAACUUUAAUACAUACGGAAAUACACACAGACGUUUUCAGAUUGUCUAGUUCUUUUGCCAAAUUGAAUGCAUGCCCCCAUAUGACAACAGUUUACCAAUGUGGCUAGCGAUCUAGUCAUUAUUUUUACUGAUAUAUAUCAACUGUCCAAUGAUGAUAGCCGUUUCGAUGAUUUGCAUCCAACAACUGUUGAUCCACUCAGGUCUCAGAAGGAUCUAUUUCGAAAGUGUAACCUUAUUACUUGAUUAUAAUAAUUUUAUUUACGUAUUAUUUGGAUAAACAUUAUAAAUUGCUAAACAUAUGUUGGUGUUGUGGAACUUCAUUCAAGAAAACAAUAUUAUAAAAGGCAAAAUACGAGA